AUGGCAGAAGAUUUAGCAAAAGCUACGGGCUCAUCCACCAACAAGCCUCCAUUCUUUGAUGAAACUGAGUAUCCUUAUUGGAAAACUCACACACAACUAUUCAUUGAAUCCACAAACUACAGGCUCUGGGACAUCAUUGAAAAUGGCAACAUCGUUCACAAAGAUGAUGCUGGAGAACCAAUAAAGAAGGAUCAAUUGACAGAAGCACAACGCAAGGAUUAUCAACUUAAUGCUAGAGCUAAGUUAUUCCUAUUAUGUGCUUUAAGCAAAUCUCAGUUGGAUAAGGUUAAUGGCCUAGCAACGGCCAAAGAAGUCUGGGAAGCUCUAGGGUUGGCAUAUGAAGGUACGGCAAAUGUCAGACAAGCCAAAGUAAGUAUACUUGUGGCUGAAUAUGAAACCUUCAAGAUGAAGGAAAGUGAAAGCAUUGAUGACAUGUUUGGAAGAUUCCAAACCAUUGUCAAUGGGCUUAGGAAUCUUGAUCGCAAGUAUGAAAAUGUUGAUCAAAUCACAAAGAUUCUAAGAUGCCUUCCCAGAAGAUGGAGACCUAAAGUCACAGCCAUUCAAGAAGCUAAAGAUCUCAGCACCUUGAGAUUGGAAGAUCUUUUGGGAUCCCUAAAGGUCCAUCAGAUAGAGUUGGCUCACGACGAAGGACAAAAGAAGGAAAAGAAUAUUGCUUUCAAAGCAAACAGUUCAAAGGCUGUCCAAACAAAAGAACAAUCUGAAGAAGAAGAAUCCUCGGAAGAAAUGUCAGACGAUGAACAAGCCCUCUUCAACAGAAAGUUCAAGCGUAUGUGGAUCAAACAACAGAAAGGAAAAGGUGGCUCAAACUUGGACAAAAGCAACAUCACCUGCUUCGAGUGCAAGAACCCAGGACACAUCAAGCCUGACUGUCCAAAACUUGCAAAGAAAUCAGGCAAGAAGCCCUUCUACAAGAAAAAGAAAGCACUAGCUGCUGGAUGGGAUGAAUCUGUGGACGGUUUAGAAGAUGAAGAUGAAGGCGAAGAUGAUGAUGCACUCUUUGCUCUUAUGGCUUCUGCAGAAAGCUCGGAGGAUGAAGAUGAUGAUGAGGUAAAACCUGAAAACCUUAAAGAAGAAUUCAACGAAUUACUUGAACAUUCAUAUACUCUAUCUGAAAAAUACAAAGCUUUGAAGAAACAAUUUGCUAAAUUACAACUUGAACAUGAAAAGGUUUUAAUAGAAAAGGAUCAUGUGCUUAAGGAGAAUAUUGCUUUGAAAGAACAAGACUCUGUUAAGGAAGUGACUUCUCUUAAGAAAAGAAUUAAAGUACUAAUAGAUGAUCUAUCCAUAUUCACUAUAGGACAUGAUAAUCUAGUUAAACUUUGUGGAAAUAAUCGUGAACUGUAUGAUAAAAGUGGACUAGGAUUUGAUAGUGAAUCAACUUCAUCUAGUGAAUGCAUGUCUGAUAUAUCUUUUAUAUCAUCUGAGAUUGAUCAAAACAAAUUUGUUGUGAACUGUAAGAUUGAGCGAGCUGAACGAAAAUCCUCCUAUGAGAAGAACGUUCCCGCAAAAGUGACCACUAACCCCUCAGGACCCAAGAAAAUCUGGCCAGGGCAUGUGGCCGUCGAUUGUAGGGCACACAAGGUGGAGCCAACUAUUAAUGCUGUGAAAGGAAAGCGCCCUGCUGCUGGAGGAAGAGUUUAUAUCAUGGACUGUGAAGGAAUUGAAGGUGCUAAUGGGUAA